AAACAACACCCACCUUUGAGACAACCCUGAUAAGCUCAUCAGAUGGCUGAAAUGUGGAGCAUGGUCUACUCAUCCAACGACUGAGAUUCACUUUCAAUCACUCUAUUCACCCUUGAUUUAAAGGCUACUCCAUGAUCAUCUCCCACCAGCAGCCAGUCAAAAGCAUGUUGCAGAGAGAAAAACAAUUAUUAUUCUCGGCUUUCCUUCCACUUCCCAUCCCCUUUAUAACUCCCUCACCUCACUCCAUCUUCCUUACCAUUCUGAACUUCCUUCUUCCUCAUCAAAUCUCUGCAAAUGUCUCAAAUCUUCACACCGUCUCCCAAACACUGUGCUGACAAACAAGGACUUAUCACCAUUAACAAGCGUUACAAGAAGCUCUUCUUUGCUUUCUCCUCAUCUCUUUCCCUCCUCCUCUUACUCAUCCUCCUCCUCUGGCUCAUCCUCCACCCUGCAAAACCCCAGUUCUCACUCAAACAACUCGACAUAUACCAACUCAAUCUCAUCUCCUCCCCUUCCCACCUUCUCAACUCCUCCAUCCAACUCACUCUCCUAUCCAAAAACCCUAACAAAAAAGUGGGUGUUUACUACGACCAGCUCCAAGCUUACGCCGCUUACAAAGGUCAGCAGAUCACCGUCGAGACCUCGCUUCCUCCUUUCUACCAAGACCAUGAAGAUACCAACUUGUUAACUGCGUCACUCGUCGGCACAGGCCUCCCGGUGGCUCCCUCGUUUGGCUACGAGGUGGGUCGGGAUCAGACCGCCGGGAAACUUACUCUUAAUCUCAAGGUCAACGGUAAGCUCCGGUGGAAAGUUGGGACUUGGGUUUCCGGCCGGUACCUGUUUAAUGUAAACUGUGUUGCCGUGGUGGUUCUUGAACCGGCUCCUCCGAUCUCUGGUCCACUCAGCUCGAGACAAGCAACUCACUGCUCCACUAGUAUUUGAGUUUUUGAUUUCACUAACUUAUCCUUAUCAGCAGCAGCUUAGCUUCUCUGUCACUACUCCAAACCAAGAAAUCGAAGAAGAAAAAAAAAGGCUAUUGAUUGGUUGAAGCUUGAUUGGUAUAUACCUGCAUAUUUGUAAUGGUAUAUGUGUUAUAUUGUAUCAUUAUCUGUUUGAUUCUGUUUAAUCUGGUGCGGUUAAAGUUGAUGUCUUUUUUAAAGGUUUGGGUGUCUUGAUUUGUAACUAGAAUAUUUUGACCCAUACAUAUA